AUGUUGAGACUGCCUCAAAUUCCAGACAAGACCGUGGUGAAGGCAUUCCUUCUGCACCAAGCUGGAAACCUACUCAGCCUCCGUCUGGUGGUUAUGGCCUGCGGCCUCAUCUACCUUUCGCGUCCAAUCAUCGGUCCCGUGUUGUCGUCUGUAUGGGAUGAGUUAGGUCACGAUAGGCAUGAGUUGCUCAACGGAGACCCGUUACCCAACAACGAAACCAUGACCAAGGCUAAGCUCGAGCUCGAGCCUAAGUCCGCAACCAAGGACGAGCCGAAACCCAACCCCGAUCUCAACACCUAUCCUGAGCCAGAGUCAAGGACGGUCUCUAUAACGAUCGCAGAACUGAAGGAGCUGAACGAUCUCGCAGAUGCAACUCAAGCUCGCCUCGAUGCGGCCCAGAGGCUGCAAGAGGACAUGUUGACAGCAAACUGCGACUUGAAUGAUGACGUUGAGAGGUUGGAGGACGAAGUCGAGAGGGUGAAGAAGCAGGCACAGGACGACGCCGCCCAUUCCGAUGCUCGCAUCCGAGCAUUGAGUGAUCAAAUCGACAUCGAGAAAGACGCUAGAGACACUGUCUGGAAGGAGAGGGAGAAUUUCCGUUUGGGCGGAAAGGAACUCAAGAAGCGGUUGGAAGACCUCCAGGCGGAAUUCAACAUACUGGAAGAUGACCGCGACGAGUGCCAAGACGAACGAGAGAAGUUGGCGGCUGAAAUCGCAAAGGCCCUGUCAGAUGCUGCCGCUACUGGGCAAGCACAAGACAAGCGCAUCGAGGACCUGGAGUCUCAAAAGGACAAAGAGGUCGCCGAUGCAACAACUGCUCUCACUGCGCUCAAGACGCAGAUGGAGGAUCUCAAAAAGGCCUACGAAAUCCUCAGCAUCGACUCCCAAGCUCAGAAGUCUGCAGCGGUAGACGAUGAAGAAGCCAUGAAGGAUUACCAGGAUAUUUGUGAGGAUCUUGAACAAGAGGUCACCCAACAAAAGAAGGAUCUUCAAGUAGCCGAAGACGAAAAGGCUAGCCUUCGAGCAGAGAUUGCUGCUCUCAAGGAGCGACUGGAGGCCCAGGACAAGGAGAAGUCUGGUGCUAAGGACGGCGGUCGUCAAGAUGAGGACGAAGACGACGCCUCCAACGACGAUGGAGGGAAGGAUCAAGGCAGAGAUGACGACGACGAUGCUGCAGAUGAUGAUGCAGAUGACGGUCGCAAUGGCGGCGGGGAGAAAGUGGCUGACGGUGUAGAUGGCAACGGCGCCCAAGGAAAUGAUGGGGCGACAGACACACCACCCUCGUCUGAGGGCCCAUCGACAGCUCAAAGCCUUGGAAGCCAGUCUGGGCCACCGAAACCACACACAGCACGGUCAUUAACAUCUUCCUGUGCACCACCAGCUAUGGAGCCUUCACCAUCUACAGCUUCUUCGCCACCUGCAGAGUCAACCCCGCUUGCAAAGUCAUCAUCACCACCGAAAGACUCGUCGACUCGUACAAUCACUACCGUCUUGAAUGCGGUGGCUCCUGAGUUCAAGCCUUCGACAGGUCCGAAGUCGGCUGUACCUCGUAUGCUCCCUACGCAUCAAGCGUACUUCGCGUCUUUGGUGGGAAUAGUGCCUCCAACCCCUGGAUCAUCUGCUGCCGUUCUAGCGGAUUCACCGAUUGAAUCGGCUCAGGAGCCAGGCGAACCAGGUCCCACCUACUCGCCCGCUCCCAAGGCAGCGGGGCCAGGCGAAGCGAAAAACGCCCACAUACGGAAGUUGAACGAAGACGUAAUGAAGAAGGCAUGGAGAAGACAGAGCGGGAUGCCGGAUACAGACGAAGAGAUUAUCCUGGCUCCCGAGGACGAACGUGAAAUCGAGGGUAUGUUUCAACGCCAAAUUAUCCAAGCUUACACUCAGAUCGUCGCCCUCCCUGCGUUCCCUCCUUCCUACAGUGACAUUGUUAAUGCGCCGGAAAUGACUUCAGUGCAUCGAACCACAUCGGCUCCCGCAGCUAGAAUUCUUGCCCAAGAGAGAGAUCAGAAGGAAGACGAGGAGGCUCAUGCUUCUGGAGAAGAGCAGCGUGAGGAACACUUACGAAAUUCAGACAUGAGGAGACAGCUAAUGGCGCUUGUAGUAGCAGAUACCUACCCUGAGAACUGCCCCGACAACGCAAACGCGGAUUCGGAGCACGAAGAAACCCAUUCUUCUAGCUCGGGAUCUGCUUCAGAGCUGCAUCGUCGACGAGCAACGACCUCUCGGUAUCCAGCAGAGGAGAAGCCCACGGGCACUAGAUCGGGCUCGGCCCCAGCAUCGAGAUUCUCCGGUCAAAACACAGCGAGUUCAGAAGUCGCUGACGAGAAGGAUGCGGAGCCCUCACGUUCCAUAGGAGAGCAACAAGCGAACUCGGCCGGUGGAUCAGCAACGGCUCCCGAUGUUGCGUCGGAAGAGGAUGUACCACAGUCAGAGACUCCUCGCGGACGAGCGGCAGCUCGUGAGCCUUCGGGCCCUGGCAGCUCCAAAGAGUCAGAAGCUGAGGAAGACGACGAAAACGAUGGAGACUGGUCUGAUGUAGAGGACGAUGACCAUAGAGAAGAAGAAGAAAAAGAUGACGGUGCGCCCAUGCUUGGCAACUACAAAGUGACUCGCGGUCACACGAAUGAGCAAGAAGAUGACGGUAUGCCGAUGCUCGGCCGUUACAAGGUCACUCGCGGUCCUAAGCCAACCGAAGAUAACUCGAAGAAGCCUAUGCUAGGUAGCUACAAUGGUACCCGCGGUGAGGGGCCAACCAGCAGUGAAUCUGGGAUGCCAAAAGCCGUGGAAGAGUCUGUAGCCAACGGAGGCUGGACUGAUGUUGAAGAAGAAGAAGAGAGUGAAGAAGAUGAGGAGGACGGAGAGGGUCAAAAGGAGGACCAGAAUGAGGGGGAAGAAAAUGAGAAGGAUGGAAAAGAGGAAGAAGACGAAAAAGACGACCAAGAGGGUGUCAACGCUCCCCUGCCAGUACCGCAAUCUCAGCCUCCCACCCGAGAACUACCUCUAUCGGCGGCAGGUGCCAUCGAUGCAUCAUCGCCAGCCGCGCGGGGACAUAGGAGUGACAGACCAAAUCCUGAAGCUACACGUGAUGAACAGCCCGCAAACCGACCUCCAUCGAGCAUUUUCCCGGGCAUUGAAAACGCAACGAAGACGCACGAUGAAGCCGUCGGCGAUGCGUUCGCAGACUAUUUCCGCGAGCACGGCACUAAGAAAUUGGAGGACUCUAUGUGGGCGGAUAAGAAGCCUGACGCAAAAGCAAAGGCCAUUCCUCAACGAGCGUCAUUAACGCCUGCUGAGGGUGUAGCAUCGCCACGGACACCAAUUGGGUUGGGUAAUGGGGGAAUGACUCGAGCUCCACCGCGUGGUCCGCCAAACUUCAGCCAUCUGCCAAAGCCUCAGCCUCCGCCCGGUGCUCCUACUGGGCCACGAGGCCACGCAUCCCGGCAUCACGGCCCUGAGCGGUCGGACAGCGGAAUCCAGACUUCGGUCGGAUUGGAUGAUCCGGACACCACGCCGAGGGUGCGAUUGCCCGUUUCACCGUCGUGUGGAUCCGACAACCUGCCUCCUCGGCCAAUGGCGAGUCAGGCACAGUCUUCACCGGUGAACGCUGCAACACGCACAUGUACCCAGGGAGAGCUAGACGAUGGAACUCAAGAUGCACGAGCUUUCUCGCCGCCGUCGAAGCCAAUAUACCGAGGGUCCCCACUACGAAACGUGAUAGGGGCAGCGCCGUCAGAGAAGAACAAUGGCGGCAUGCAGCCUGCGACUGUAGCGUCGCCAGCAGGAACACCGGCUAGAAGUGACAGCUGGUCUCCUCGUGGUCAUGGAAGAGGCGGUCGUGGUGGACUUGGCGCGCGAGGAGCCCACACUCCACAGAAGCGAAACCCAACACACGGCCCAACUGCAGAUACGUCAAAAGCAACGCCCACAGAUCCAGACGCUCAGGAUGACUUCAAGAUUCUUGCCGCUAGCAGGAGAGGCGGGCAAGAUGGACGAGGAGCAGCUGGGAACGGGAACCGGAGCAGCUCUGGCUUCGGUGUGAGAGGUCGCGGUGCUGGUCAAGCAACACCCACGCCACAGCCAGGGCCGGCACGUGGCUCGAGAUCUGCGUACACUGCGAGCAGCUCAUUCCAGCGAUGGCAGGAUCGUAUGGCGGAGGCCGCGGGGGCAGAGGCGGAGACGAAGCAGAGAUGA